AUGGCGUCUCGUGCACCCACGGGCUGGUCAACAUCACGCCGUGCAAUGCACUAUAAAGCGGUUGUUCCCGACAGAGAUGAUGGACUUUUUCUCAAUCUUCAUAAAAAGGUAAAAAAGAGUUUAUUACCGAAAGGAAGUCGCGACGAAGAGGAAAAUGUGCGAAUAGCCAAGAGAAUUUUAGCAAGACAAAGGAGACUGCACGAGAAACAGCGACAAUCCCGCUGGAAUAAUACGGAUUCUUCUGACUUGGAUUUAGUGUCUUAUAAACCGAAUUAUGAUUCCUCAGUAUCGACUGCUGCGGCCACGACAAACCAGCUGAUGCACAAACGACAGCUUUAUCUGCCACCUGUCGGCAGAACCACGUGUAUCACGACCGACUCCAGCUAUACUUCGGAUGAUAUUGACCGCAUCGUACUUCGAUUGACAAUGUGCGAUUUUGCAAGAAUACCAGGAUCCAAAGGAUAUGCCAAAAUCACCCCACAAAACAAACGGCGCGGAAAGUUAUACACGCACCGGGAAGUGAGCAGCAUCGUAGAUCGGCUCUCGGACUUCGACCAACAAAAGCAUCCUCCAGAAUCCCGAGGGGACUCUUCCGCCGUCAGACGUAUAAAAGACUGGAAAAAACAAGCUCUGACUUGA